AUGCGGCGGGAGAAGGAGCUCCUGCGGCAAAAGUACGGCGCCGCGGACCUCGCGCCGCCGCGGCGCCGCCGGUCGCCGCCGCCGCCGCCGCAGCCCGUGCCCUACUACUACGCCGUGCGCACCGGCGCCCGCGCGACCGUCGAGAAGGCGUCGCGCGACGCGCGCUUCGGCGCCCUGCGGCGCGUGCUGCGGGCGCUGCGCGUGCGCCACUGGCGCCGCGGCGUCGCCGCGCUGCGCCGCGCGGCCGCGGCCGUCGCGGAGCGGCGGCGCGGCGCGGCCGCGCUCGGCGUCGCGCGGCUCCUCGCGGCGCCGCGGCGCCGCGCGUGGCGCGCCCUCGCCGCGGGCGCACCGCCGCGGCGCGCCGUCGCGGCGGCGGCGACGCAGACGCGGCGCGGCGCGGCGCCGACGGCCGCGCGGCCCUUCGGCGGCGCCGUCGUCGCCGCGCUCGCCGCGGCCGCGGCCGCGCGGGCCCGGCGCCGCGGGGCGCUGCGGCGCGGGUGGACCGCGCUGGCCGGCGGCAACCGGGCGGCCCUCGUGGCCGUCGCGCCGCCGGGGCUCGCGGCGGCGGCCGUCGCCCUCGCGCUCCGGCGCGCCGGCCGGGCCCUCGACGGCCGCGCGCGGCGCGCGGCCUGGGACGCGUGGCCGCGGGCCUCCGCGCGCCCCGCGGGUCCCCGGGCCGUCGCGCUCGCGCUGCGCCGCGCCGCGGCGGCCGCCGACGGUCGGCGCACGGGCCGCGCCCUCGGCGCCCUCCGGGCCGCGGCCGCGCGCGGCGGCCGCUGCCGCGCCGUCGCCCGCGGGCUCGCGCGCGCCGCGUUACGCGCGUCCGCGGCCGCGGCCGCGCGCCGCUUCCGCGCCUGGCGCGUCGCCGCGGAGCGGGCCGCGCGGGACGCCGCGGCCGCCGCCGCGGCGACGGCGCGCACCGCCGCGCGGAGCCGCGCGAUCGCGAUCGCCGCGCUGCGGCCCGCGGCGCGCGCGUCGGACGCGCGGCGGCGCCGCGCGUUCCGCGCGCUGCGCGGGGCCGCGGCGCGAUGGCGGCGCCUCGGGGCCGUCGCCGCGGCGCUGGGCCGCGCCGGCCAGCGGCGGCGCAACGUCGCGCUCCGGCGGGGCCUCCUCGCGCUGCGGCUCUCGCGCGAGGGCGACGCGGCGGCCGCGGCCGCCGCGGCCGCCGCGCGGCGCGUCGCGGCCGCGGCCGUCGAGGAGGCCUGCGCGCGGCGCGACGCGGCCCUCGACGACGCCGGCGCGACGGCCGAGGCCGCCGUCGCGCGCGCGCGCCGCGCCUGGGAGGGCGAGGCGCGGCGGCGGGUCGCCGUCGCCGAGGACGCGGCGCGCGAGGCGCUGGCCCAGGCCAUGGAGGACGACUUCCAGCGCCAGCUCGACGACGCCUUGGUCGCGCGCGACGAGGAGCACGCGCGCGACCGCGACGACCUCGCCGCGGCCCUCGAGGGCCGCCACGCGGCCGCGCUCCGCGCGGCGGACGACGCGCGCGAGACGCGCAAGGUCCGCGACCUCGCGGCGCGCGCGACGGUGCUCACGCGGGCCCUGCGGCUCCUGCCGGCCCUCGCGAAGAAGCGCGUGCGGCUGUUGGCCCUCGCGCUCCGGAGGCUCCGGCGGCCCCGGAAGGCCCGGCCGCCGCUCGCGGGCGCGCCGCCGCGGGACCGCGGCGCGCUCCUCGCCAAGCUCUGGGCCCACUGCCAGCUCAUCGCCGCCUUCCGCAACUGGCAGUGCGUCUGGCUCCUCGCGCCGGACGACGAGCGCCGCGCGCCCCGGCCGCCGCCGGACUGGCUCCCGGCGUCGUUCGCCGCGGUGCACUAA